UUUCAUUUUUGUAAAGUCUCAAUCUUUGACUAUCUUCUUCGCCGGAACCGAUGAAUAUACUGAGACGAAUUCCGGCGAAUUUGAUUGCGAGCAGAUAUUACUACACUAACAGAGUAAAAAAGACGACACUUUACUCAAAAAUCAGUCCUUUAGGAGACCCAAAAUCAAGUGUUUACCCAGAACUCCAAAACUGGGUUCAAUGCGGUAAAAAAGUCUCUGUUGCUGAACUUAUUCGCAUCGUUCACGAUCUUCGUAGACGCAAACGCUUCCUCCACGCUCUCGAGGUUUCGAAAUGGAUGAAUGAGACUGGUGUAUGUGUGUUCUCUCCGACAGAACACGCGGUUCAUCUUGAUCUUAUUGGUAGAGUUUAUGGAUUUGUCACUGCAGAAGAGUAUUUUGAGAAUCUUAAGGAACAGUAUAAGAAUGAUAAGACUUAUGGAGCUCUUUUGAAUUGUUACGUUAGGCAACAGAAUGUUGAGAAGUCUCUGUUGCAUUUUGAGAAGAUGAAGGAGAUGGGUUUUGUUACUUCGUCUCUUACUUACAAUAACAUUAUGUGUCUUUACACGAAUAUUGGUCAGCACGAGAAAGUUCCUAAGGUUUUGGAGGAGAUGAAGGAAGAGAAUGUUGCUCCGGAUAACUAUAGUUAUAGGAUAUGUAUUAAUGCUUUUGGUGCUAUGUAUGAUCUUGAGAGGAUUGGUGGGACCUUGAGAGAUAUGGAGAGACGACAGGAUAUUACUAUGGAUUGGAACACUUAUGCGGUUGCGGCUAAGUUUUAUAUUGAUGGUGGUGAUUGUGAUAGAGCGGUUGAGCUUUUGAAGAUGUCGGAGAAUAGAUUGGAGAAGAAAGAUGGUGAAGGUUACAAUCAUCUCAUUACGCUUUAUGCUAGGUUAGGGAAGAAGAUAGAGGUUUUAAGGUUAUGGGAUUUGGAGAAAGAUGUGUGUAAAAGGAGAAUAAAUCAGGACUAUCUUACUGUGUUGCAGUCGCUUGUGAAGAUUGAUGCUUUAGUUGAGGCUGAGGAAGUACUUACGGAAUGGAAAUCAUCGGGGAACUGUUAUGAUUUUCGAGUGCCUAACACUGUGAUUCGUGGUUACAUUGGAAAAAGUAUGGAGGAGAAGGCAGAAGCGAUGCUUGAAGAUUUAGCAAGAAGAGGGAAAGCUACUACACCAGAAUCUUGGGAACUUGUGGCUACUGCUUAUGCGGAAAAGGGUACUUUAGAAAAUGCUUUCAAGUGUAUGAAAACUGCCUUAGGUGUAGAAGUGGGUAGCAGAAAAUGGAGACCUGGAUUGACGCUGGUUACAAGUGUUUUGAGUUGGGUCGGGGAUGAAGGAAGUUUGAAAGAAGUAGAAAGCUUUGUUGCAUCUCUUAGGAAUUGUAUCGGUGUGAACAAACAGAUGUAUCAUGCUCUUGUCAAGGCUGAUAUAAGAGAAGGCGGACGUAACAUUGAUACUCUGUUGCAGCGUAUGAAAGAUGACAAAAUUGAAAUCGAUGAAGAAACCACAGUGAUUCUCAGCACAAGAAGUCCAUGCUAAAAGUUUCUUAUUCUUCCUUGACGUGAUGAUACCAAAGAUGUCUUCUGAGACAAGGAUUUAGGAAUGUGAUUUCUUAACGGUUGAGUCUUCCUUCAGCAAUACUUAUUAGUACCAAAUGUACCAAAAUUUUAUUUUGUUAAGAACACUCUCUAGACUCUGUUUUCAUAGCAUCUAUAGAACAGUCUACAAGAGAAUCCUCUGUUCUUUUUUCAAAUGCAGUGUACUAUCAUAUUGAAUCAGCAGAAGGCAAAGUUAGAGCUUUGGCAAUUUGGUUCCAUUUUUAUUG